AUUGAUGGCGAACGUAUAAUCAUCACCACAUUUAGUUGGGCUAUGCCACCGUAGCAAUGAGCUCCGUAAGGACCAGUAGGCCAUCAAUUCAUGGUAUAGAAUACUGAAGUUCUAUCCAUGUCACUUUCUAGACUCUACUGCUCAGCUGCCAAUGUACCAUGAAUGUUGGGAAAUGCCGUUCUGUAGAUCCCCUGAAUUUGUACAGACAUUGUAGGAAAGCCUUUUUUUCAAGGUUUGUUAGACUUAACCUGCUGCGGGUAGAAGCCACAAAAUAACUGACAGUGAUGCGGACGUUGCACAGCCUCUACAGGUCAAGAUUCGUUGACAUUACAAACGCAUAGCUCCGAGGAUUAUGACAGCCGGGGUGAAAAUUAACUGUUAUAUGGUGUGUGAGCUGGGUUCUUGCUGGCUUGUCCAUGUGAAUGAUGUACCACGAUGUCCAGCAUUGUAGUUGGAGCGGCUUCAUGUCUCGCACAUCCAUUUAUAAUUAGUUUGAAUUCUCAAUAUGCAUGAAUGGUAUUGGAAAUGAGCAACCGCCCGACGUUAUGCCUCCGGCAUGGAUCCGACUCGCUGCAAGUCUCUGUCGAAUUCUAGACUAAAUUCGAAUCCCUUGUCAUAGAGCUUGAUUCAUGUUUGCUAUCUGGGUCGGCACUCAAUUGUUUAGAGCUGCGAAGGGGCCAUGCAUGACUCCACAGCGAGUUCAUUCCUUGCUCCAGAAGAUGAGUCCCCUUACUGGUCUUCAAGUGAUGAAGUUGAACAUGCAUUAUCAAAUGUUUUAUCCUCUCAUGCGGAAAACAACACUCUCCAAUUUGCUGAUGGGCGUCACUCGAACAGUGAGAUGCUAACGGGACUACCAGAUAGUUAUGGUUUGAAAGAAUACACGUUUGAUCUCAAUCUAUUCGGGAGUGGAAGAGGGGCUAUGGGAGUGAAAUUGAGUGAAGCACGAAUGGCAGCAAGACGGGCCGACGAAGCAGGACACCGGGUUGACGCAAUCAGAAAUUCGAAGCACGCAAUUAGCAUCGACAACCAUCAGGACGCUGCAUCCAGGAGGCAGCAAGCAGCACAAUGGUUGCAGACCAUGGUUGGUAACACAUCUCUCCCUGCUGCGGUUACUGUAGAAGACCUAAGGGUGUACUUGCAAAAUGGUCACAUUCUUUGUGAGGUCAUCAACAUUGUUCAACCUGGCUCAGUGCCAAAGUCUGAAGAUCCAGCAAAUCCAACACAGAUUGAUGGACUCGCUCUACCCAAUUACUUGUAUUAUGAUAACGUCAGAAACUUUUUAAUGGCGAUCGAGGAUAUGGGAUUGCCUGUAUUUGAAGCAUCUGAUUUAGAAAAGGGUCCCAUGUCCUCAAAUGCAUCUGCCAAGCUGGUUGACUGUAUACUGGGACUAAAAUCAUUUCAUGAUUGGAAGCAAGGUGGCGCGCUUGGAUUUUGGAGGUUAAAAUCCCCUGCCGAUUCAAUAAAAUCGUGUGCUACGUUAUCUGCAACAUACUCGAAUCAUUCUAAGAAUGCUAACAUUUGUUCAAAAAACUCGCGAAGAAAAUGGAUUUUUACUGAUCAGGAUUCCCUAGAUGGCACAUCGUUGUCCUCUUCACCAGACCAAUCAAUUAAUCAUCCUACUUUUGUCAAACAAAAUGGAACUCCACUUGAUAUUAUGCGCGCUGGUCAUUCUGGUCGGAAUUAUUUUGACGGAAAGAAUGAGGAGAGGGCUUUAAAUCCGGAUGCUUCAGUCUCUACUACAACUUGGCUUAAAGACAUUCGACAUAAAUUCAGCGAGGUUCUUCAAAUGAAAGCGAAACAAAUCGAGGAGACGGUUACGGCUAUUCCCAUCGCCACAGAAACUUUUGGAGGAGCAACUCUGUCAUGUGAUCAUAAUGCCCCUUCUCAAUCACUCCUGAGUCUUAUAACUGCUAUUGUAGGUGACAAACCAGCUGAAGAGGUGCCCAUGCUUGUGGAGUUAAUGCUGCGGAAGAUCAUGGAGGAAUUCGAGCAUCAUCUUCUCACUCAAAGAAAUCAAGUCACGAAGAUGAAAUGUACCCUGAAGGAUAUGAUGGUACGAGAAGAGAAACAUGUGCCGCAGAGCGUGGUUUCAGAAGCAUUAGCUGCUGGCACACAAGAAGAGAAUAAAGUGGAGAAAAGUACCGUAGACGAGGAGGAGAUAAACAAUCAAAAGUGCGCAGCCGUGCAAGAUUCCAAACAUCUUUUGGACAAUAAUAAGCAUCCGAAUGACGACGGUUUCAUCCAUCCCGAGAAAGAGAAGGAAGAAAUUAUGUUGAACUAUAAAGUGAAAGUACUGACGCUAAAAUCACAGCUUACGGAGGCUAGUAAGGCAAUGCAAGAGAUGGACGAUGCAACGAGCAGGAUGAAAACCGCAAUAAGAGAAAAGGAUGCCAAGUGGGGAAAGAUUCUUACCAAGAUAGUGAAAGAAUUCAAGGAGCUCAGGUGGGCCCAACUGGGUGCUAAGGAAGAGGUUUUGAGGAUACAGUUUGAUUGCACGAAGCACCUGAAGCAUCUUGAAGAAGAUCUUCAAAAUCUGAUUGUAGCAGCAUCUGGUUAUCAGAAGGUGCUAGCUGAGAAUCGCCAGCUCUACAAUGAUGUUCAAGAUCUGAAAGGCAAUAUUCGUGUCUAUUGCCGGGUGAGGCCUUUCCUCACUAAAGAAUCUACAAGACAAACAACUAUUGACUAUGUUGGAGAGAAUGGAGAAUUGAUACUCCUCAAUCCCAUAAAACUAGCAGGCAAAGAAUCCAGGCGGUCAUUUGUAUUUAAUCGAUGCUUUAAUGUGAACGCUUCACAAGAAGAAGUAUUUCUGGACACACAGCCCUUGAUUCGAUCUGCUUUAGAUGGAUUCAACGUGUGCAUAUUUGCAUAUGGGCAAACAGGUUCUGGGAAGACCUUCACCAUGAGCGGUCCCAAUAACCUGACACCAACGACGUGGGGAGUAAACUACAGAGCCCUCAAUGACCUAUUUUUUAUAACUCAGAGUAGAGUUCAUGUUUUUCGGUACGAAAUUGGAGUGCAGAUGCUAGAGAUUUAUAAUGAGCAAGUUCGUGAUCUUCUCGUCACUGAUGGUAGUCACAAGAAGCUUGAAAUUCGGAAUAACUCGCAGCUGAAUGGACUAAAUGUACCUGACGCGAAUAUUAUGCCUGUGAGAUCAACAGAUGAUGUUUUGGAACUGAUGAAAUUAGGUCAAAAGAAUAGAGCAGUUGGAUCUACAAGUCUGAAUGACCGGAGCAGCAGAUCCCACAGUGUGCUAACAGUGCACGUCCAAGGCACAGAUUUGAAUUCUGGAGCUGUUUUUCGAGGCUCACUCCAUCUUGUUGAUCUAGCUGGAAGUGAGAGAGUGGAUAAAUCUGAAGUAACUGGAGACAGACUAAAAGAGGCUCAACAUAUCAAUAAAUCUCUUUCAGCCCUGGGUGAUGUUAUCUCUGCUUUGGCACAGAAAAAUGGUCAUGUGCCCUACCGGAACAGCAAACUCACUCAGCUCCUCCAGGAUUCUAUAGGGGGGCAAGCGAAGACCUUGAUGUUUGUGCACAUAAGUCCAGAUGUCGAAUCAUUUGGAGAGACUCUUAGCACCUUAAAAUUUGCUGAACGAGUGGCAUCAGUGGAACUUGGUGCUGCUCGGAGUAACAAGGAAUGUGCGGAGAUUGCCAAUCUGAAGGAUCAGGUCAGCCAACUCAAAGAUGGGAUUACCAAGAAAGAUGCUGAGGUAGCCCGAAAAGAGUUCGAGAUAGCCAAUCUUCAGAUGAUAAUUGAACGACUUGAGAAGGGGGAGAACAAUGAAAAUAAGUCGAGAUUGAAGCCAACGAUCUCAUCUAAACUUCAUCGACGCAAGAAUAAUGAAGAUCAAAAGAGCCGGAAGAUGACUAAUGAAAAUGGAAAUGCGAAUGUAGAGUUUGUGGAGCAGACACGUCAACCUACGCCAAAAAUAGCAGGGGGAAAGAAGGCGUCCACUUCAAUUGGUUUGAAAACUGGCCAUGUCCCUGAGAAUUUGGCAGAGCACUUCGGGUCCCCUUCUGCAUGCUCACCGUCGGAUUCCCCUUCAGAAAACAGAAUUCAAGUUGAGGAUUGUCAGCAAUUAAAGAUUGAAAAUGAACGUCACAGUGCGGGAGCUAAAACGUUUGACGCUGGAACAGGGCGUUUCAACCUGUGCCCUAUGCAGAGUGGUUUGCGGAUCGGAGCCCCCUCAAAUGUGCAAAGUAAUGAGGAGCCUACAUGUGGAGGUUUCGAAACCAUACUACUGGAGAAUAUUGGGGGUAGAAUUGUUGCGCAAGAUGAUCCAUUUCUACUGAAGAAUGUCCUGGAUGAGGGUUUUGGAGAUGAUGAAGCGUUUGAUUGUCGGGGUGCUUGUGAGGCUGAUAGUGCAAGUUUGUAUUCUGAUAGCUGUUUUUCAACUGACGUUGAUAACUCUGGAUCAAGCCAUAUGGAACAAGACAAGAAAGUGGGAUCUAGCUCUUUUCGACCCCUUCAUAACCGAAAGUAUAUGAUUAAAAAUGAGGCGUCUACCACUCCAGACACAAGUACUUUCAAGGUCUCACCACCGAGGGGGGGUUGUAAAUCAAAAGGAGGACUAUCUCGUCGACAUAAGCCUGCUGGGCAAGCUUGUACUUCUGAUACCAGAACUUCUGCAAAGCGGAAUGCACUCCCCACCGGAAAUCCCAACCAAGAGGUUGAACAAGCUAGCAGUAGAAGGUCGGCGACGAGUGCCGCAUUGUUAACCACCUGGAGAUAAUCGUCAAUACCAGAGAAUGAAGCUGGCCAGAAAUCAAUAGCUUGACUUCUCCACAACCAAGGACUAUCAGGAACCUGGAUGAUCGAGAUGGCCGAUGACCGAAGAAAACUGAAAAUUCAAACCAAUGCUUCAAAAUGGAAAACAUACACUUUCAAGAAUUUGCUCAUUGUCUCCAGUGUAGAAAUCCUCGAUGCAAACAAUGAAGAUUCGUUGAUCGUAUAAAUUAUAUUCACUCUAAUGUUGAGAAGUAGAAACAUAUCUAUCAUGUUUGAUCGUGCUCAAAAAAUGUCGAAAUGUUUUUCGACCCUCAAGUUGCGGGCGCAGCUUCAAUCUCACUAACUAAAUUAGCCACUGUUUCCAUCCACUUCGAUUUUAGAACACUCGUGGAUCGAAAUUCCGAGUUCAAUUUUUUCACGUCCAAGAGACGAGAAAACAGAGACCACAUUGUCCAUGUCACACAUCCUGGUGCCGAUUGAUUAAUAAUAACUUUUUUCUUUUGACAACCA